AGUUCAUUGCUAAAACAAUACCAGUGUUGACAUGUCAACAUGAUGAAAUGUACUAUUAUGAGUGAGUUAUUAUGACUGCAUCUGCUUAUAAUUAUGUCUAAUAUUCCAAGCUUGGGCCAGUGCCCCAGAUAAAAAGACCACAUUGCAAUAUCUGAAACUUGGAUUAUAAAGACUCUUAUGUACUUUCAAAAAUCCUGAUUAUUCGGACACUUGCACACAAAAAAUAAUCACCACGUUGUUGUUGUAUACAACUUACAAUGUCACUCUUGGUUUUUUUUUGUGGUAGCAAAAGUCACAUAUAGAAGUGUAAUUAUGGAGCUAUGUGACGUAGAUUUCUGGUUUAAAAUAUCUGGCUAUUAUUAGUCUGUUCAAGACCUCCGCCACUGCUGCUAUUGCUGUUUACUCAAACACACAAGAACGCGUACACGCAACCUCUUGCGCACACACGAAACCUCCCGACUCAGCAGCGACCGCAACAAGCAAGCAUCUCACACGCACGUCCGGGAGGAGAGAAUCCGGACGUGAAAAUGUUCUCCACCAAAGAGACACUGGUGGUUUUAACUCUUCUCAAAUGAGCUGAAUUGUCUGGAAGGAUUUGCAAGUGUCUUGGUUAUUUUUUUUUUCGUGACGCGCAGACACCACGCGCGCUCCACUGCACACAGAAUCGACGAUCAAAUGUGCAGCCCAAUUUCGUGCUGCGUUCGCUGCACUUGACACUGACUCUUUGUGCUUAUCGGGACUUUUCUGUCUGGUCAUACCCAUGUUGGUUGAAAAUGGCGAGACGGCUCCGUGAGUGGUUUUCUGCGUGUCUGCACCUGCGCAGGUGGACGGUCGGCGCCACAGGUGAAUGAAUGAGUGAACGGAGGAGUGGGUUGACGCUCUCGCUGGCAUCGAACGUUUGACCUGCACCGCGGCGCGACGAUGGACCUCAAGGUGGAACGGGAGGAAAUGGACGGCGAUCACCCCGCACCGAUUGAAGUUUUCGCCCAUAGGUCCACCCUGCACGGCAUCUCGCACAUUUUCACCUACGAGCGCUUCUGCUUCCGACGCUGCCUGUGGCUCGUCGUCUUUUUCGCCUCUCUCGCCGUGCUGCUUUUCGUGUGUGUGGACCGGAUCCAUUUCUACUUGGAGUAUCCACACGUCACUAAACUGGACGAGGUCGUCAGCCCGAUCUUGACGUUCCCCGCGGUGACUUUGUGCAACCUGAACGCCUUCCGCUUUAGUCGCGUGACACGCAACGACUUGUAUCACGCAGGGGAGCUGCUGGCGCUGCUGAACCACAGGUAUGAGAUCCGAGACGUGCAUCUUGUGGAGGAGAGCGUUUUGGAGAGUCUGAAGGUCAAAUCGGACUUCCACAACUUCAAGCCGCGACCUUUCAACAUGUUGGAGUUCUUCGACCGCACCGGCCACGACAUCAAUGACAUGUUGCUCUCCUGCCACUUCCACGGCACCGAGUGCAGAGCCGACGACUUCAAAGUGAUCUUCACUCGCUAUGGCAAAUGUUACACCUUCAACGCCGGGGGUAAUGAUCGCCCUCCCCUUAUUACCACCAAGGGGGGGAUGGGGAAUGGGCUUGAGCUCAUGUUGGACAUUCAGCAGGACGAGUACCUGCCUGUCUGGGGAGAAUCGGAUGAGACAUCAUUUGAAGCCGGAAUCAAAGUGCAGAUCCACAGUCAAGAUGAACCUUCUUUCAUCGAUCAGCUCGGUUUCGGUGUGGCUCCCGGAUUCCAAACUUUUGUCUCUUGUCAAGAACAGAGGCUGAUAUAUCUUCCACCACCAUGGGGUGACUGCAAGGUGACACCCAUGGACUCCGACUUCUUUGAUACUUACAGCAUCACAGCCUGUCGCAUUGAUUGUGAAACGCGCUACCUAGUGGACAACUGCAACUGCCGCAUGGUGCACAUGCCAGGCGAUGCACCCUACUGCACCCCGGAGCUAUACAAAGAAUGUGCUGAUCCUGCUCUUGAUUUCUUGGUGCAGAGAGAUAAUGAUUUCUGUGUGUGCGAAACACCUUGCAACAUGACCAGAUACAGUAAAGAGCUGUCCUUUGUGAAAAUCCCCAGCAAGGCCUCUGCUAAAUAUCUUGCCAAGAAAUAUAACAAAUCUGAGCAGUACAUUAAGGAAAAUCUCCUGGUUUUGGACAUCUUUUUUGAGGCUCUCAACUAUGAAACCAUUGAACAGAAAAAGGCCUAUGAAGUGGCCGGACUAUUAGGUGAUAUUGGUGGUCAAAUGGGACUUUUCAUUGGCGCAAGUAUACUCACCAUUCUGGAGAUAUUUGACUACCUUUAUGAGGUGAUAAAGUACAAACUGUGUCGCUGCUCUGAUAAAAAGCACAAACACAACAAUGGUCAAGGCACUGUGCUCAGCCUUGAUGAUGUCAAGUGUCACGUCAGUAACUUCCAUUAAGUGUCCAGAGUCUCAAAGCUUCUUCAUGGACUUUGCUCAGUGCUCCGCUCCCAAACUUGUGGCAGAAGCGAAGAAAACAACGUUCUUGGCUCAGCCUCACAAAACAUUAGCAUGAACAAAAGUGAUGCGUUUGGGUUAUUGGCUUCAAGAGAUUUUGGUUCGUGGUUAAUUAAUUGUGGUAAAUCAACAUUUUUUUAAGCCAUCCUUACUUGAUGACUUGCAUGUAAUUUGCAUUGGUAACAUUUCAUUUUUAUUAUCAUGCUAUCAAAGAUCAUAUCUUCCCCUGUGAAGCUCCUGAAAACAUCUUGAUGUUAUACCGUUAUUCUUACGGUUUUCUACCUCAUUGGCCAAAUUGAUUGCAAGUGCGAUUGGUAAAAAUGGGCAAAAAUUCCUAAAUUGGCACAGUCAACAUUUUGCAGCAUGGCAAAGUAGUAUGCUUUCAUCAGGACUUCCGAACGGAAGGAGAUGCGUGUGUCGCACUGUGCUGCAGUUUCAAACGUGACAGGUUCACCUGCAAGUGAGGUUGCACCCAAGUAUGUUGGUGGUUGAAAAAUGCAAGUGCCGAAGGCUGACGCUGAUAUCGGAAGAGCAAAGGUUGUUUUCCAGCAGUGCCUGUUUGAAAGUUUCUCUCUUGCAACAUUCCCUUUGCAUAUUAUUUAUAUUGUAUAUAAGUCAUCAAUCAUUCCCAUUGAGCUCAAUGCAAAGGUCCGACUUUGAGACCAUCAGCUGACAUGAAAACACGAAGCAGUUCUUUUGGAUCGUAAUGCCGUUGCAUUUGUCUAAAUUGUAUAUGACUGUGUACUCCAUUUGCUAUUUGCGUCUCUGUUUUCUAUAUGAUGUCAUCUGUAAACAAUAUGAAUAUUAAGAUUUCCUUUUCAGUUUGGUGGAUCUGGUCAGAGCGUUUUACUCACUUAUUUAUUUAUUAAUAUUAAUCAGAUACUCUCUUUGCUUUUAAGUCUACGAAUACUGUACGCAACUCACAUAACUUGGAGAUACAUGCUUUCAUGGAACAGUUGUUAUGAUGACAUGAUGAA